AUGGCGGAGUCGGGUUCCAAGGAAACCGCAAAAGCCGAGCCGCGUCUUGAUGCCCUCGGCAUCUUCUGGAUGGUCUUCACCUUCGCCUGGACCUUCAUGCUCGCUGGCGGGAUGUACUUUCUAUGGCGUCGUCGCAAUAUGCCCUUGUUAAGGAUUCGAGGCCUGCCGCUGUCAUUUACUGCCAUCAUUCUCCUCCACCUCUACUGGGGUGCUGUCCAAACCGCUUACGUCUGGUUCCCUCUAGUCACACCCCAGGUCGAAUACUGGGUCAUGAGCACCUAUCUACCCUUCGGCAUUGCUCUGUUUCACGCUUCUAACAGCCGAUUCCUCCAUAUAGCCAAGACCCAGAAAGAGCUCUUCGCCGCAAGCUCACACGAGAAGCCCCGCCGAGCCAAGUCAGGGCUGAAGGGUCGCUUCCAAACCUUCAAUUACACCAAGAAGAUCCUUAUCCUUGUCGGUCUGGGCAUGGCCUUCCAGUUCCACCCUUCCUUUGGCAUCCCCGGCACUGAAGUCACCGGCACUGAGGACUACCAAAAGUCUCAGAUGGGCCGCGGCUGGGAAUGGUGGCCGUCCGUCUUCUGGCAGUUCUUCUGGGCAUGGAUCAUUGCCCCCUACAUUCUGUGGAAGUCUCGUGAUAUCAACGAUACCCAGGGAUGGAGAACUCAAACCGUAGCUUGCUGCAUUUCCAGUCUUCAUGCUACCCCUAUGUGGCUGAUUGCUUUGUAUGUUCCUGGUAUGGCUCCCGUCAACCACGUCUGGGUUCCUCCCCAAUGGAUUGCCCUCUCAAUCAUAUUGCUUGAGAUAUUUACCGUCUUCUUUCCUUGCUAUGAGGUUAUCCAGCACCAGACCCUGCGACAGGAGACCCUUGACUCUAUCGCCCAAUGGCAGCUCAAUAAGAGAGUUGUCGAUAGGGGCGCCAGGUCAAUGGUCACUGGAUCAACCACGGUUGCCGGCUCCGCCUUGACUUCCUGGUCCAAGGACAGCCAGAGCAGUGGCUCCGGCGAGAGUAUUCUUACUAUGGAGGCCCUGGAGUACGUCCUUAAGCGAGACCCCGAGCCACUACAGCAAUUUUCCGCCCUCCGAGAUUUCUCUGGUGAGAACAUCGCCUUCUUAAGAGCCGUCGCCGAGUGGAAGUCCUCGCUGCCCGCUGGCGUCCGCGACCCCGAGAAUAUCAAGGACGCCUGUGUCCAAGAGCUCGUCCGCGAACGAUUCAACAGCGCCCUCCGCAUCUACACCAACUUCAUCAGCUCCCGCGACGCCGAGUUCCAGAUCAAUCUGUCCUCGCAAGACCUCCGAAAGUUGGAAGUUGUCUUCGAGAGCUCGGCCCGUAUCCUUUACGGCGAGGAGCGCCAGAUCGACCCUGCCACGCCCUUCGACUCGUUCCAGAUGACCUUGACAAAGACCAAGUCGUCUGCGGCGUCGGCUCACGGCUCUGAGACGGGCAUCAUGCAGACUGAGUCGAUCAACAACUGCUCGGGGUCCAUCAGCGACAAGGCUCUCUACUGGGGGGAUAUCCCCGAGCGCUUCAACGCCACCAUCUUUGAUGAUGCCGAAGGAAGCAUCAAAUACCUCGUCCUGACCAACACGUGGCCCAAGUUUGUUAAGGACCGGCGAUGCUCGACCAAUUCUAACGAUACCCUCGAGGCUGGAAACGGUAUUCCCGCGGCUCGUUGA